GACACCCAUUCUCGAGGGAAAUACUGGCCGCCCCGUUGCCUGCCAGUUUCAAGGAGAUAAGCUUGAUCUUUGAUGGCUCGAGCGAUCCGGCGAGGCAUGUUCGAGCGUUUGAAAAUAUGUCCGUGUUGCACGGAUAUUCAGACCCGGUUAGUUGCAGAGCGUUCUUGUCGACCCUUCGGGGAGGUGCCCUUGAUUGGUUCCAUCAGCUAGCCCCUGGGUCGAUCAAAGAUUUCAAAGAUUUUGCAGGGCAACUCACCAACCAGUACGCGAGUGCAGUCGCACAGGAGAAGACAUAUCUUACUCUGAUGGCAAUGCGGCAGGGUGAGAAAGAGUCGCUGCGAAAGUACGUGGCUCGAUACAAUCAGAUGUGCUUAGAAGUGCCCACAGCCGUCGACGAGGUGAAAGCGGGAGGAUUAAUCAGGAGUCUACGACCGGGGCCUUGUCGAACGUCGUUGGCGAAAACGCCUGCUCGAACUUAUGACGAGGUGUUGAAGAGGUGCAAGAAGUACAUCAACCUGGAGGAGACGGAGGCUGAGUUUGCCAAGCUCGAAGAAGUGGCGAGGCCCGACCAGAAGAGGGGAAAGCCAAACUCACCCAGACGGGAGUCACCCAAGAGGAAUCCCCAGAAGAGUGGCCCAUUCAGGAGAUCGUCGCCCAAGAGGGAUGGACGAAAUUCGUUUCAAGGAGGACGAGAAGAUCGUUGGCAAGGACGACCUCGACUACCCAACGGGCAAAGAUAUAACACUUUCACUCCUCUUAAUGCUCAGAUGGGCGAGGUCCUGGUAGCCAUGGAGGAAAAGCUGGAUGGCAAGGAGAUUACGUGGCCAGCGACAAGAUUCGACGGACCGACCAAACCAAGGUCGGGCAGGUACUUCGUGUCUACAUACCACAUGACGAUUAAAUAUCCGGUGGGCGAAAAUGUGGGCGAGAUUGCUGGAGACCAACUUACGUCGAGGAGUUGUUAUCAAACCACCGUUAGCAAUAACAAGCAAAUGGCGAGGAAGCAGGUGAAAGGGAGAGAGGAUAGACCAGAUCGUCCGGGAGGAUCGAGGUCGAAGGAGGAUAAAGGAUGGCAGGAUAAGGGGAAAGAGAAAAUGGACAUGCAACCGGGAGGCGAAGUAGAGGAGGUCCAGAUGGUAGAAGGGAAGGAUGACCGAAAGUUCAGAAUUAGGAAAGAACUAGGCGAACCAAUCAGAUCGAGAUUGAUAGACUUGAUCAGAGAAUUUGCGGAUAUCUUCGCAUAUACAGCAGGGGAGCUAACCGGGAUCGAGGCCACGAUAAUCGAGCAUCGGUUGAACAUCGAUCUUACAGUGAAGCCGGUGAAGCAAAAGAGGAGGCAUCACGGAGCGGAGAUGGAUAAAAUAAUAGAGCAAGAGGUCGAGAAGCUCUUAGAUGCUGGACAUAUAAAGAGGAUCCAAUUUCCCGAGUGGUUGUCUAACACGGUCAUGGUAUCCAAAUCGGGAGGGAAGUGGAGGAUGUGCAUUGAUUUCAACGACCUUAACAAAGCAUGCCCAGAAGAUCUGUACCCAUUGCCGCGAAUCGAUCAGCUGGUAGACUCGACGGCGGGUUGUGAACUCCUCAGUUUGAUGGAUGCCUCGCAAGGUUAUCACCAAAUCCCUUUGGCGAAGGAUGACUGGAAGAGGGUGAGUUUUAUUACGAGUAAGGGCACCUAUUGCUAUGUGGUGAUGCCGUUCGGGCUGAAGAAUGCAGGGGCAACCUAUCAGAGGUUUGUCGACCAAAUCUUCAAGGACCAGUUGGGAAGAAAUAUGGAGGUAUACGUGGACGACAUGUUGGUCAAAAGCAAGAGGGAAGAGGAUCAUACAGGCGACCUGAGAGAAACGUUCCAAAUGUUAAGAAGGUAUGGCAUGAAGCUUAACCCUGGUAAGUGCUCGUUCGGAGUAAAAGCGCGAAAAUUCCUGGGCUAUAUGGUGACCAAGCGGGGAAUAGAGGUGAACCCAGAGAAGGUGCGGGCGGUCAUCGAAAUGAAACCACCCGCCAGUGUGAAAGAGGUCCAAAUCCUGACUGGUCGAAUAGCGGGUCUGAGCCGAUUUAUCGCCAAGGUAGCCGAGAAAAGUGGCCCCCUGUUAAAAACAUUAAAGAAGAGCUCGAAAUUCCAAUGGACAGAGGGAGCGCAGAAAGCUUUCGAGAAGCUACGGGAGGUACUGGUGAAUUUGCCAUUGCUAGCUAAACCAGUGCCUGGAGAGGAGCUCAUACUCUAUAUAUCUGUGGGCGAAAGCGCAGUAAGCUCGGUGUUGUUGCGCGAAGAGGGAGCAGCUCAGUUCCCCAUAUAUUAUGUUAGCCGAGUAAUGCAGGGAGCGGAGUUGAAGUAUUCAGAGAUUGAGAAAUGCGCACUGGCGGUGGUCAUGACAGUCAGAAAGUUACGACCAUACUUCUUAAACCACAAGGUCAGAGUGCGGACGAACAUGCCCUUAGCGCAAACAUUAGGUCGACCAGCGGUAUCAGGUCGACUUGUAAAAUGGGCGGUCGAACUAAGCGAAUACUCUAUAGUGUACGAGCCAAGGAGGGCGAUUAAGGCCCAUGUUUUGGCCGAUUUUAUCCAGGAAGGUACAAAGGAGGAGAGCGCAGAAGGAGA